CUCCUGUGUGCUGUCUGCGCACUUGUCGUCCGUCCAUUGAGCUGAGCGAGCCAUCCCGUGAUCGCCGAUCCCCCAGUUGCCACCCUCACCGGCUGCCUGCCGUUCCCUCCGCCUCUCAAAUCCAGUGCCGUGCGGGCGCGGCGGCGGCUCCCCAGUUGGCAGUUGCCCAGCCCCCAGCAGCAUGACUACUACGACCAAGAAUCAUAAGCAGCAGCAGCUGCUGCAUAUGCUGCCCACGGCGGCUGCCCCGCCUUGGCCCGUAAGGACCAAGCUCCUGCUCUGCGCCGCCCUCGGCUUCGCGCUCGGCGUCGUGGCCACCGCGUCCCUCGUGAACUCCCCCUCCUACGCGACGUCGUCCGCCGCCGCCGCCGCGCUACGGGGAGGAGGAGGAGCGCUGGGCCUCGUCUUACCGCCGUCCGCCACCAGGAACGCCGCUCAGGACCGCCGCCCGCCGCCCAAACAAGCAGGCGCGGCACGGGCAACGGUCCGCCGGUCCCGACCGGAGCCGCCGGCUGGCACGGGCAUCACUAGCGCUGCAGCCCCGCCGCCGUCUGUUGUUGGCGCCGAGGGACCAGCAGCGCCUAGUGCCACCUCCCGUGUCAAUGGUGGUAGCAUCGUCAGCGACAGCGACGGCGACGACGAGGAGCUCAUGGCCCGGGCGGAGGCGUCGGCGCCGCGGGAGGUGCCUGCCGGCUGCAGGGUCCCCAGGGUGGCGUUCCUGUUCCUCGCGCGCUGGGACCUGCCCAUGGCGCCGCUGUGGGACGAGUUCUUCCGCGGCCACCGCGGCCUCUACAACGUCUACGUGCACUCCGACCCGGCGUUCAACGGCUCCGACCCGCCCGAGACCUCCGCCUUCUACCGCCGGAGGAUCCCCAGCAAGGAGGUGAAAUGGGGCGAGAUCAGCAUGGUGGAGGCGGAGCGCCGGCUUCUGGCGCACGCGCUGCUGGACGACCACUGCAACGCGCGCUUCGUCCUCCUGUCGGAGUCGCACGUCCCGCUGUUCGAUCUCCCCACGGUGCACUCCUACCUCGUCAACUCCACCAGGCUGUACCUCGAGUCCUACGACCAGCCAGGCGCGACGGGCCGCGGCCGCUACAACCGCCGCAUGAGCCCCGUCGUGGCCGCGGGGCAGUGGCGCAAGGGCUCCCAGUGGUUCGACCUGGACCGGGCCCUGGCCACAGACGUGGUCGCCGACCGCGUCUACUUCCCGCUCUUCCGCCGCUUCUGCCGCCGUCGCCACUGCUACGCCGACGAGCACUACCUGCCCACGCUCCUCAACAUCGUCCGGCGCCCGUCGGCGGGGGCCAACCGGAGCCUCACGUGGGUCGACUGGUCCCACGGCGGCUGUCACCCCGCGCGGUUCACGAGGAUGGAGGUCACCGUCGACUUCCUCCGGUGGCUCAGGGAAGGCAGCACGUGCACGUAUAACGGCAGGACCACCACAGUCUGCUUCCUUUUCGCCAGGAAGUUCCUGCCGAACUCGCUCACCAGGUUCUUGAGGUUCGCGCCCAAGGUGAUGGGGUUUGGUUAAAAACCAUCAUGCAUAGACGACGGGGUACAAAUUUUAAGGAUCAGCGUCUAACGUGAUUGACUGAUUGUCUUUGUGAAGGACCUCAAAUCCAUUGAUUCAUUCAUUCAUGUGCAGUCAUAAUUUAAUGUUACUCUUUACUAGCUCAGUAGCUUCGUGUGCAAAUUCUUUUUGAAUUCUCAUUUUGUAAAGAAAAGUGUACAGAGCACCAGAAAGGGGAAACGAUCAAAAGCUCACCAUUGUCUUUAAUAUGAUUUCUUUUGGACAAAAAUUAACUAGCUGGAUUCACUGCU